AACGGGAAAUGAAGAGUCCUCGUUAAUCGUUAUCCACCAGCAGAGGCGUUCACCUUUCCUUCAUCACCACCCUUGCUACUCGCUCUCUCUCGCUGAACCAUGGCCAUGCCCAAUUGCUCCGUGGAACUUGCCCAGCACUUGGGUACCAACUUCGCCAACGCCACAGCCACCGCCGACUUCAUCUGCAACAAGUUCAACGACACCGCUUUCGCCGUCGACAAUACCUUUCUUCUCUCCUCUGCUUACCUUGUCUUCGCUAUGCAGCUCGGCUUUGCCAUGCUCUGUGCCGGCUCCGUUCGUGCCAAAAACACCAUGAACAUCAUGCUCACCAACGUCCUCGAUGCUGCCACCGGCGGUGUCUUCUACUAUCUCUUUGGCUUCGCUUUCGCCUUUGGAUCCCCGUCCAACGUAUUCAUUGGUCGUCACUCCUUCGGUCUCACGGAUUUCCCUUCGAGUCUCUUCGAUUAUAGCUACUUCCUCUCAUGGGCCUUCGCCAUCGCUGCCGCUGGCAUAACCAGCGGCUCCAUCGCGGAGCGGACUCAGUUUGUCGCUUACCUAAUCUACUCCUCUUUCCUAACCGGAUUCGUUUAUCCUGUUGUGUCUCAUUGGGUCUGGUCCAGCGACGGCUGGGCUAACGCUACUGGUCACUCAGACCUUCUAUUCGGAUCCGGUGCCAUAGAUUUCGCUGGGUCGGGUGUGGUACACAUGGUGGGCGGCGUCGCUGGUCUGUGGGGCGCACUCAUAGAAGGGCCUAGGAUAGGUCGAUUUGACCAUUCCGGUCGACCAGUCUCGCUUCGCGGCCACAGUGCCACCUUGGUUGUUCUCGGAACUUUCUUGCUCUGGUUCGGGUGGUACGGUUUUAACCCAGGUUCGUUCUUGAAGAUUUUGAAUCAUUACGAACCUGGAAACUACUACGGGCAGUGGAGCGCGGUGGGUAGAGCCGCCGUGACCACCACCCUAGCCGGCUGCACUGCCGCUUUGACGACUCUCUUCGGGAAGAGGAUUGACUCGGGCCAUUGGAAUGUGACGGACGUGUGCAACGGGCUUCUAGGCGGAUUUGCCGCCAUCACCGCCGGAUGCUCCGUCGUGGAGCCGUGGGCGGCAAUCAUUUGCGGGUUCGUGGCGGCAGUGGUACUGAUUUCAUGCAACAAACUUGCGGAGAAGAUGAAGUUUGACGACCCAUUGGAGGCGGCACAGCUGCACGGCGGGUGCGGAGCAUGGGGGCUGAUCUUCACGGCGUUGUUUGCAGAGAAGAAGUACGUGAACGAGGUGUACGGAGGACCUGUGGAUAGGCCAUAUGGGUUGUUCAUGGGUGGUGGGGGGAAGCUAUUGGCAGCAAAUAUAGUGGAGAUUCUGGUGAUUAUUGGGUGGGUCAGUGUUACCAUGGGCCCUCUGUUCCUGAUUCUUCACAAGCUCGAACUAUUGCGAAUCUCCAAAGAAGAUGAAUUGGAAGGUAUGGAUCUGACACGACACGGUGGGUUUGCGUAUGCAUACGAGGAUUCAUCCUCAAGGAAUGGGAUACAGUUGGAGAUGGAAAGAAUGGCAAACACGCGCGCUCAAACCACACAGUAAAUUCUGCAAUUAUCAUUGCAAGAUGUUAAUGUGACUGUGUUUAUGUUUGUAUAAUAUAUGUGGGGCAUGGUGUGCUUUUGUCCCUUUGAUGAUAAAUGCAAAGUAAUAUGUGAAACAGGAUCGAAGGAAUUACUCCGCACUUGUUAUUGAUCUGUAUGUAUUUAUAUGCGUGAUGAUGACAGUUAAGGUUUACUUCUUUGAAGCCU